AUGAAGAUUCACAUAUUGUUUUUUUUCCUCUGCAAAAAUUUACUGGCUUAUGUGUUAAAGCAGAGUAUGUCCGGAGAAGGGAUACUAAAUAGAAGUAGCUUCAAAACGGUUUUGCAUAAUAGAAGUACCUCACUCCUGGCACAUACCAACAAAAAUUUCAGGAAAUUGGGGAGAGACAGAGCGCAAAGGAGAGCCCUGCUAAGAGCCCUAACCACCAGUCUUCUCCGACACGGUAAAAUUGUAACAACGGAGGCCAAGGCAAAGGAGGCCCGAAGGAAGGUGGACAGGAUAAUAACCUUUGCAAAGAAGCAUGACGAUAACAGGCAAUAUGCGUACCGGUUAAUUGCAAACUACGUCUACGACAGGGAAUUGGCUCUCAACAUUGAGGAACUUUCCUACGUUAUCCGCAAUUUGAAAAUAUUUUUUAAAAAGAUACCACUUAAGGCAUGCAUAAGGGGAACCAUGCAUAAUUGA